AUGUCUCGCCGAUGUCAACGUAAUGCUCUGCUUCAACUUAUCAGCACUUGUGGACUGCAACAUGUGCGUCAUGUUCGGCAACUGAUUGAGCCGCAUUUCCAGAAAGAUUUCCUUUCACAUCUCCCAAUUGAGUUGGCGAUUCAAAUAGUGGCAAAUCUUCCAAUGGCUGACAUAGUCCGUGCUGCUCGAGUUUCACGUUUCUGGCGUGACAUUUGUGAAGAUGAUCGAAUGUGGCGUUUGAAAUGCGAGCGAGAAGGAUUUUCUUGCGAACGUGUAGCAGGUGCCUGGGAGCAAACAGCGAUGGGUAACGGUGUUACUAUAGUUGAUCAUUACAAAGGAGCAGAACUUGAACAACAUCGAAAAAUUAGGGAACAGAGUUACGGAAGCGUGUAUUCGCGAUCGGUGUGGAAAGCCACAUACCUGCGACGAUGUAGAAUAGCAGCCAAUUGGCGACGUUUACCGAUCGGAGGAAGUAUGGUCUUAAGAGGGCAUGAAGAGCAUGUGAUCACUUGUCUUCAAAUCCAAGGCGAUAUGCUCGUUACUGGCUCGGAUGACAAUACAUUGAGGGUUUGGAGUAUCGAACAGGGGAAGUUGCUUUUCACCCUCGUUGGUCAUACAGGAGGAGUUUGGACGUCUCAGCUUUCAACAGAUGGCAAGUACAUCAUUAGUGGCUCAACAGACCGCACUGUAAAGGUGUGGUCAGCGAAGGACGGUUCGUUAAUUCACACGCUUCAUGGACAUACAAGCACUGUUCGUUGUAUGAGCCUUUGCCGUAACAUUUUGGUGUCGGGCUCGCGUGAUACAACCUUGAGAGCGUGGAAUGUUGACACUGGCGUGUGUGAGCAGUACCUCACUGGUCAUGUUGCGGCCGUACGUUGCGUACAGUUUGAUCUUGACGAUGGCCGUAUUGUAUCAGGAGCAUACGAUUUCACUAUAAAGGUUUGGGAUUUCGAGACUGGUGCUUGCUUAUAUACGUUGACUGGACACACAAAUCGCGUGUAUUCUUUAUUGGUUAGUUCUUCUCGCAAUAUUGUCGUCAGUGGAAGUUUAGAUACCACGAUCCGUGUAUGGGAUAUUUCUAAAGGUGUAUGCAUGAGUGUCCUGUCUGGCCACCAUUCCUUGACGUCAGGAAUGCAGUUGAGGGGUGAUAUCCUAGUAUCAUGCAAUGCUGACAGUGACGUACGGGUUUGGAAUAUACGAGAUGGCUCUUGUAUGUAUCGACUUCAUGGGCCAAAUGGUCACACUUCAGCCAUCACUUCUCUUCAGUUCCUCGACAACGGCAUCGUAGUAACCAGUGGUGAUGACGGUGCAGUAAAGUUGUGGGAUGUUGUGAAAGGAGAAUUCGUCCGUGAUCUCGUACGUCUAUCAUCGGGUGGAAGCGGUGGAUGUAUCUGGCGCCUGAAAGCCACUAAUAAUCUACUGGCAUGUGCAGCGGGUUCUCGUAACGGAACUGAGGAUACGAAAAUCAUACUGUUAGAUUUCGACGCUGGUUAUCCUUAG